UAUUUUUGAGAACUAUUAAUUUUGCCUUUAUUAACCAGAUAUUGAAUAUUCAAGGUUUUGGAAAAUGAAUGCCAGUGGUUGGUCAGUUUCUCCUACAGGAGACAGAGAAUUCGGACGAUUUGAGUUUGUCCAAGAGUCGCCUGUGGUUGCAGUGUCCAGCCUUUGCAUUUUGGUUUUUGCGUCAGCGAUGGGGACUUUCGGGAACUUGUUAAUUUUGACAGCUGUCUUCAGGGUCAUCCCAACCAAAUCUCUGGAAUUCAUAUUCGUGGGGAAUCUGGCUCUGUCGGACUCUAUCGUAACUUUGGUGAUAGAUCCGUUGAAUAUUCUCGGAAAACUGGAGGGGGAGUGGCUCUUCCGUGCUGUUCCAGUGCUGUGUAAAGGAAUGGGAUACCUGUGCACUGUAUCCUGUGUCAACUCCCUGGGCUCUAUCGUUUUAAUGAGUUCCAGUCGCUAUGUAUCAAUAUGUCAUCACAGCCUGUACAAGAAAAUCUUCAACAAGGGCACCUGCAUAGCGAUGUGUAGUGGUCUUUAUCUAACCGGCCUCCUCCUAGUUCUUCUAAAUCUGGCGGGUAUCGGUGACCAUUCAUUCAAUCGGAAAAGUCUGGAGUGUAUUUGGGACCGCACCCACACAUACUCUUAUACCCUGUCGUUUACCAUUUUCCUAGUGUGGAUUCCACUGUUGAUGGCAGGGAGUUUCUACGUCUCGAUUUUCCUGAAGUUCCGUGCCAGCUCUAGAAAGAUUGCGAAUGCCACUAGUUCUUCUCACCACAGAAAGCCUAUGUAUCUAGCACGCACGCUGUUCUUGAUUUACGCUGCUUUCGCUCUCUGUUGGAUUCCCUACGCCAUAUUAAUGGCCGCCGACCGGAAGGACACGUUUCCGUAUGAAAUCCACGUGAUGAUUACGACGUUCGCGCAUCUGCAUCCUUCUUUCAACUGGCUCGUUUUGUACUACACGAAUACGCUAUUUCGCAAAGCUUUCAACAGUAUGGUAAAAUUGGAUAAAUGUUUCUGCUCCAAAAAAGAUAUGCGUGUUAAUAAUUGCUCUACAAUAUCUAAUAAUACGACUGGUAUGUAGCACUUUUGCGAAACUAGCAUUGAACAAUUUCCUAAACUUCAUGACGUCGUAAAAUUAAUAUCAAAAACACUGAUAUGCAAAUAUUUUUUUCUGAUGAAUUAAUACUUUGUAAAUGGAAGACUCCUAUGAGACUAAAAAGAGCUGUUCAGUAGAAGUAUCGUGAUAUAUGAAUAUAUGUACUAGAGCAGUGAAUGUGAAAAGAAACGGCAACGUUAUUACUGGAAACAGAAAAACAACAAAAGCAACAUGAAUAUCACGUGACUGAUGAAAACUACACUUUCAUAAUAGAUUUGAUACCACGGCACCAUAUUUAGUUAAACAUGUUAGCAUACUUAAUUUAUCAUUUUAUCAUCCACUUUCAAGGAAAGCAAGGUGAUAUCUUGAUGGGCAGCGGGAAACAAUAUCAUUUAUGAGAGUGUAAUGAUUUUGGGGUGAAUUUUAGGAUUUCUGGUCGGGCUCGGACUUCUCUAGUAUUGCACAUAUUGCUCUAUCUCUCUUCCCCGCGGAUUUUCAAGCCGAGCAGAGUGUCUUCUGAGGCUGCAUCACUGUAGUUAUUGUGUACGUAUAGUCCUUUAUAGUUGUCUUAUAUAGUCGUUUUCUGAGUGUUUUUCUGGUGUUCGGUUUAUAGAAAACCACUAGUAGUUUAGCCCACCUGCGCCGCGGCUCAUAACGAUUUUCGCAGGUGGGGGCCAUUUUGAAAAUUGUUACUUCAACUGUUUGGUUUUGUUUUUACUUGGAAUCAAGUUCCGAUUAUUUUAAUGAUUUAACUUGAGUUGUUUAUUUGGGCUUUUUAUGUACAUGUAGUUUUGGGAUAGCCUAGGCCAAAAAUGUUCGGACAAGAGCUAGGUAGGUGGACAUCGGAUGGUCAUUGGCAGGGGCGUCCUGGGAGCAAGUUAGCUUGGCGGAGGAGCAUAGC